UCACACGUAGAAAAGAAGAAGAAGAAGCAAGUACGUGGUGCUAGAAGUCAGACCGCAACGACUGCAAUAUUGCAGAUAAACAAUAAUUUUGGCCACACGUCUUCCAGCGUUUGGACUCAACGUAACAUGUACCUGGCGUGUCAAGUAUUCAAAAUUCGCGUGAAACACAAAGGAACCUAAAGCAUUGGCCAUGGGCACGGAAGCAGAACAACCGAGUCCACCUGCUCAGCAGCAAGAUCAAGAGAAUCCGCCUCUCUGUAAGGCACAAAAUCCGAAGCCUGCCCGCCUCUAUCGCUUUGUACUGAUCUUCGUCGCUGGCAGCCUGGCGGCCUGGACGUUUCAUGCCCUAAGCUCAACGAAUCUGGUCUGGAAACUGCGGCAGCUCCAUCAUCUGCCGACCGCCCACUACUUGCAGACGCGUGACGAGUUCGCACUGUACUCCGUGGAGGAGCUAAAUGCCUUCAAAGAAUUCUACGACAAGAGCGUCAGCGACAGUGUCGGCGCCAGCUACACGGAGGCGGAGCAGACGAACAUCAAGGAGGCGCUGGGGGCACUGCGAAUGGCCCAGGACUUGUACCUGGCGGGGAAGGAUGACAAGGCGGCGCGUCUAUUCGAACAUGCUCUCGCUCUAGCGCCCCGACACCCGGAAGUCCUACUGCGCUACGGCGAGUUCCUUGAGCACAACCAGCGCAACAUUGUGCUGGCGGAUCAGUACUACUUUCAGGCUCUGACCAUCAGCCCGAGCAACUCCGAGGCACUAGCCAACCGUCAGCGCACGGCAGACGUGGUGCAGAGUCUGGACGAACGCCGCCUGGAAUCGCUGGACUCCAAACGAGACGCCCUCUCCGCCAUUCACGAGUCCAACGGAGCCCUGCGACGGGCAAAGAAAGAAGCCUACUUCCAGCACAUUUACCACUCAGUAGGCAUUGAGGGCAACACCAUGACGCUGGCACAGACGAGGUCUAUCCUAGAGACCCGCAUGGCCGUAGACGGCAAAUCCAUUGACGAGCACAACGAGAUCUUGGGCAUGGAUCUGGCUAUGAAGUACAUAAACGCUAGUCUGGUGCAAAAAAUCGAUAUCACUAUUAAGGACAUCCUCGAGCUGCAUCGCAGAGUUCUGGGGCAUGUGGACCCAAUUGAAGGGGGCGAGUUCCGACGUAACCAGGUGUAUGUUGGAGGUCACAUACCGCCAGGUCCCGGCGAUCUCGCGCUGCUAAUGCAGCGUUUCGAACGGUGGCUAAACUCGGAGCACAGUAGCACACUGCAUCCUGUCAACUAUGCAGCCCUUGCACACUACAAGUUGGUCCAUAUUCACCCAUUCGUCGAUGGAAAUGGACGCACCUCACGUCUGCUGAUGAACACGCUGUUGAUGCGAGCAGGCUACCCACCAGUGAUAAUUCCAAAGCAACAGCGUAGCAAGUACUAUCAUUUCCUCAAGUUAGCCAACGAGGGCGAUAUUCGCCCCUUUGUGCGGUUCAUCGCUGACUGCACGGAGAAGACGCUAGACCUUUAUCUGUGGGCCACAAGCGAUCUGCCGCAACAGAUCCCUAUGCUCAUCCAGACGGAAAGCGAGGCCGGUGAGCGUCUGGCGCAAAUGCAGUCUCCCAACGUGGCACAAAGGUCAUCAAUAUUAGAAUUCUACGAAUCCGGAUCUGGAGAUCUACCGUGACCCAUCUAGAUGCAUUGAUAUUAGACAAUUCGUUAAUUUAUUAUUUAUAUGUUUGUGCUAUAUUCUGUAAAUUAUUGUAAACUUCGAAUUACCUACAUCAGUAGAUGGCUUUAGUGAAGAAAAAUAACGAUGUAAUUCUGUGAUCAUAUUUAAGCUAAAAGACAACCAAAAAAUGUACAUAAUGCACAAUCCAACUAACGUGUCCUAAUAUUUAGUACGAUUUUUAUAGAAUUACAUAUCCUAUAAAAC